AUGUUACUACUAAUUCUUUAUUUAUCUUUCUAUGAUGGAAGAUCUCCAGUGACUCUUGUUAUGACAUAUAAUAAUUCAGAUAUACGCUUUCCUAAGGAUUCAUGUAGUAGCUUAAGAGUAGAGAAUAAUAUUAUCAACAGAAUUUGUAAUGGAAAUUCAUUUCGAAAAAGGAAUCUAGGCCUUAAACGAAAGACAAUAGAAGAUGAGGAUAUGGGGAGUAUGUCAUUAUCAGGACCGGCGGUUUUGAAUAGUAAAAAACCUCGAAUGAUAUAUCAUGGACGAUCAUUUCCUAUUAGUCGAUUAAUGAAACAUCUUGAUUGUUGUACACUUCGAAGUAUUGUAGAGACUUUAGUUGAUCGUCAUCCUACUUUAUUUUCAGAAGUGGUUGGUUUAUCAUCUUUUCCGGAUUUAUUUUCUGUUAUUAGUCUUUUAAAUGGGAUGGAAGAACAAGUUCGUUCUUCUUUUCCAUAUGGUGGUGAUAUUAGAGGGGAAUAUGCCUAUAAUAGAAUAAGGCCGGUGCUACAGAAGUUUAUGGAUGCUUUGGUAGAGUAUAUGAUUAUUUUUUCUCCUCCGUAUCAAAAAAGCAAAAACCUUACAUUAACAUUUCUUGAUCAUAUUUCAUCUAUGCUUCAUCGGCUUCCUGAAUGGAAUAAUCCUGUACAUAAUUAUUAUAAGGAAGAACUUUAUGAUUCAGUUUCUAAUGCAUGGAUUUCUAUUAUUUCUAGUAUGAGUAGAGAAGGUCUUGAUGGUAUAAAUGGUAAUGAAUGGAUUGCAAAAUUAAUAAAACAUAAUGAAACAUCUGGAGGACGAUUUAAAAGGGUUAUAGAUGCUGCUAGGAAUGAGUUGGCAUGUUUUUUUUCUGAAAAAGAUUUAAAUGUUUCCUUUUCAAAUAAUAAUACACUUGGAUUUGAUUUUGCUUCUUGUUAUCAAUUAUAA